UCAUAUUUGAACUAAAAUAGGAGCCAUGGGAAGACAAUGGAUUGCUGCGUUUUUAGCAGCAAUGACUGCAAUUUUACAAGUCACAGCUUACACAGAACCAAUAUUAAAGGCUGAUAAAGUUUUUGCACAAAAACAAAUUGAACUUUAUGAUCUCUUUUGGCAUCUUGAUCAGCCUGCAGUUUAUUCGCCAGAAUUGUAUGAAGUUGCUAAAUCAUGGAAUAUUGCCGACCACGUUGACGAUUACAUAGACAAGGAAGUGUCAAACAAAUUCUUGGGACUUUUGAAAAAUGGAAUGCUACCACGUGGAGUAUUAUUCCACGUUCAUUCUAAUAUCCAAACACAGAUGAUUGCCCUUUUCGAUUUACUUUAUUUUGCAAAGGACUAUGAUACUUUCUACAAAACUGCAGUAUGGGCAAGAUUUCACAUAAAUGAACAAAUGUAUCAGUAUUGUCUAUUUAUAGCUAUCCUCCAUCGACCAGACACCAAACACAUCCAUUUACCGUAUCUUUACGAAUUAACUCCGCAUUAUUUCUUUAAUGAGGAUGUCAUCUUCAAGGCUCAACGCAUUCAAAUGGAAGGCGUUGAAAAUAAAAAAGAAAAAUCCCAUUUGAUAAAUGCAAACUACGCUGGAUGGUUCAUAAACCAGGAACAUGAUAUGGAAUGGAAACUUAAUCAUUUUACGGAAGACAUCGGAAUGAACACUUUUUACGCCUAUAUUACUGCUAUAUUUCCUGGUUGGAUGGAGAGUGAAAAAUACAAAUUGAUGAAGGAUGUCCGUGGAGAAUCUUAUUAUUUCUUGCACAAGCAAAUUUUAGCACGAUAUUAUAUGGAACGAUUGUCUCAUGAUUUGGGCCAAGUUGAAUACAUAGACUGGGACAAGCCAAUUGUUACCGGUUACUAUCCAAGUAUGGUACAUCCUACAGGACUUCCAUUUCCACGAAGACCCUCUUGGUCUCAUGUUCCACUUAAUAAGUACAAGAAUGUCGAGAGAAUCAACAAUAUAGAAUCCCGAAUAAGCAUAGCUAUCGACAGCGGAAAAAUAAUGACAAAAAACAAAAGUAAUUAUCACGAGUUAUACAGAAAUUAUAUGCAAGACAUGAAUUACUUGGGAAACAUGAUUCAAGGAAAUGUAGAUUCUCCCUUUUUGAGGUUCUAUGAUUCACUGGAUAGACUUUCAAGGAAUAUUCUUGGAUACGGACAAGACCCGUCAUCAAAACAUCAGGCAGUGCCCAGCAUUCUUGAUAUGAGCGUCGCUAACAUGAGAGAUCCUGGUUUUUAUCGGAUGUAUAAAAAGAUCGUUGACUUAUUUUUAAAAUAUAAAUCCAAUCUUCCACUGUACACUCAAGAAGAAUUAGAGUUUCCUGGUGUAAAAAUUGAAUCAGUUUCUGUUGAUAAAUUAGUGACCUAUUUUGAUACUGUAGAGUCAAUUAUCAGCAACGGUGUCGCAGUUCGUGAUGAAAAGGAAGCAAAAACACUUUUGAUUGAAGCACGCCAACAGCGACUUAAUCAUAAACCAUAUACUUAUAAUAUCACAAUAGAUAGUGAGAAAAACACAAAGGGUUGGAUACGUAUUUUCCUUGGGCCAAAGUACGAUGUUUAUGGACAUGAAAUUGAUAUGAUUGACAAUUGGAUGAACUUCUUUGAAAUGGACAAAUGGGUUGUUGAUUUGAAAUUAGGAACAAAUGAAAUAUUACGAAGCAGUCACGAGUCGUUCUAUGUAACUCCUGAUGAAAUGUCAACUAGCAAAUUUCUCGAAAUGGUUAAACAUACUAUUCACACAGAAGAGGGAUACAAAUAUUCUUCUCAAAUGUAUGGCUUUCCUGAUCGAAUGAUGCUACCUAAAGGAAAACCAGAAGGAAUGCUUUUCAAACUCUUCAUCUAUAUUAGCCCCUACAACGAAUACAUUUCGGCGGAUGUAGACAUUCCCGUAUAUGGAAAAAAACAUUUUGAAUUUAAACCCAUGGGAUUCCCAUUGGACAGACCAAUGUAUUAUUAUGAUAAAACUAUACCCAAUAUGUAUUGGAAGGAUGUCCCUGUCUUUCAUAAGAAGGUUUAACGUUAAAAUGUGAUUCAAUUAAAACAGAGGAAACUGUGGGGUUUUAUUUUAACACCAAAGGAUUAAAAUGAUAAAACUAUGCCUAAUAUGUAUUGGAAGGAUGUCCCUGUCUUUCAUAAGAAGGUUUAACGUUAAAAUGUGAUUCAAUUAUAACAGAGGAAACUGCCCGUGUGGUAAAGGCGACUGGGCCCAAACUGACGCCGAUUGGGUUUUCCCAUGUUCAAGGUGGGGCCCUAUUGGGAAGCCCAUCUUAUCCCAAAUUGGGUUAUGACUUGGCUUGAAACUAUUUUACCAACUUAUUCCCAAUUUGGGAAAUCUAGUUGGACCCAAUUUGGGUAAUCUUGUGGAUUCCCAUUAAAAUUUCCAAUAAAUAUUCAAUUUAUUGAUAAUUUUAAUUUUUUUACUCACUUUUAUCACAGUCACUGUCAUUUUUAUCCUAUAAUUCUACAAAGUAAAUUAUAUUUCUAAGAUAUAAAAAUACAUGCUCUUGCAUAAUUUUCUUUAUUAAAUUAAAAAAAAUUGUAAAUAAAAUAAUAAUAACAAAACUUACUAGAUUCAUUACUGAAUUAAUUAUUGGAUGAAUUAUUGUGAAUCCAGUAGUUUUUUCACGUUAAGGACGAAAAAAUAAAAAUUGAAAAGGAUUAAUGCCAGGAUCAAUAAAUUCAAUAUAUUAUUUUUUAUUUAUACAAUAGUAAUAGUAAAAUAUUUAAUAUUAAUUGUUCAUUUUGGAAGCAAAUGAGAAUCUUGCAUGAAAUCUCUAAGACUCAAUAUAACUGUCACAAUAUUGACUAACAAGUCUCUGGUCAAAAAACCAUGAUCGUUCCAAAAUUCCACUUUUGGUUCUGAAAUCCGACAGGGAGCACAUAUAAGUCACAGAAAAACAAAACCAACUAACCAUUGUUUACAGUAAUUUACAAAAAUAUGGAAAUUAAACUACAAUAAACAUUUAAAAUUAUAAAAACAGGACAACACACCACAAACCCACGCUGUUUGAUCUAAGGACGCUACCCUACUACGCCAUGACAGUCAACAGCUGGGUAGAUCGACGCAGGCGCAUUAGUGCUUAACGCUAAAUAACUACAAGAUUUUCAGUAAUUAAUCCAGUAUCAUAUCUAAUAAUAAAUCCAGUAAUUAAUCCAAUAAUUCGUCCUCAGUAAUUAAUUCAGUAAUUAUUUAUUUAUUUUCAUAUAAGAGUAUAGCUGACGUAUUCAACCAUUUUAAGUUCAUUUGCGGAAAAGAUGGGCUUUGGCUGAUAUUCCCAAGUUCGUCCCAAAUAUGGACAGUCCCUACAUAAAUCCAAUUACAAUACACGUAUACUGUUUUGCCUUCAAUUCGAAUAGAUUAUAAAAUUAAACAGUAAGAAUAGUUUAAAAAUGUAAUUUUUUUUCUCUAUUUAAUUAUAUACUUGAAAAUAACAUAUUUCUUAUUUUCUAAUUUGUUUCAUUAUUUUAAAAUGGGACGCCCACCUGGGCCCCAAUUGGCGCCCAACUAAAAGUUGGAAAAACUUGGGAAGAUUUCCACACGGGUGUGGGGUUUUAUUUUAACACCAAAGGAUUAAAAUAAUAUGAAACGUUUUAAUCCAUCAAGAAUUAAAAUAAUCUAAAGAAGGAUUAUUUUUUCAAAAUGGUUUACUAAUUGAUUUGGUUUUGAUUUAUACAUAUUUUUGUCAUAGAAAAAUUUAACUAAAAGUUUCUUAUUUUAAUCUUUUUUGGUGUAAAUUUAAGGUGCGAUGCUUUUUAAUACCCAGUAGUUUACUCUUAAUUUAUAAAUGUAGAGACAACAUUGAAUGUAUGUAUAUUUUAACCCGGCGAGUAUGUGGUUGGGCAUGUCAUGCCCCACAUUUACUUAAAUCCUUUUAAAUCCUAAAAUUUCCACUGUAACGUUUUGAAACUUCGAGUAGCUGAAGUUAUGGGUUCAUAAGAGAAGAUGAUGGUAUGGUGAUAGUGUUAUGUAAAUUAUAUUUUAAAUUACUUGGACGUAAACGUCAAUUUUGCAUAUUUUUGGCGAAUUUUUUUUCCUAAUUUCUACUAAAUUAAUGACAACUGAAUUGAGAUAUAUUCUAAAAAGCAGUAUUAUGCUCCUCAUUCACUAAUAUUUAAAGUCCUGCCUUUAUAAAAGUGCAAAUUUGAUUUUAUAAAAGUUUUAAGUUUUCAUUGUUUUAUUUAAUCAUAUGAUAAAUCUUAUGACAAAGAGUUGAUUUUAUCUUUAUAAAUAAAUAAAUAAUUAAGGAAAUAUAUUUUAUUACAUGCCUUUUUAUAAUAUAAUACCAGAAAUUAACUUAAUAUAGCUAUAUGUAACAUUUAUAAGCAAUUUUACAUUUUGGGCAUGUCAUGCCCACCACAUAGUCGGUGUAACAGUUUCCCGCCACAUACUCGCCGGGUUAAAGAGC